CUGGAACUGAACUCAAGACACCUGGAGCCAGUGGAAGCGUUUUUGGGUGUGCCCUAUGCGGCGCCCCCCCUGGGAGAGCGACGCUUCGCGACGGCGUCUCGACCUCUGCCCUGGACAGGGACCCGACUGGCAGACAGUCUGCCGACGGUCUGUCCCCAGCGACCGCCCGACAUCUCCAACCAGACGGCGGCCCUCGAGGUAAUGCCCCGUGCUCGCUACGAGCACCUCUCCCUACUGGUGCCCCUUCUAGCCAACCAGAGCGAGGACUGUCUGCAUCUCAACAUCUAUGUGCCUGUCAGUGGAAGCAGAGGAGUGGAUGCUCCCUAUGCAGUUGUGGUGUUCGUGCAUGGCGAGUCCUACGAAUGGAACUCCGGGAAUGUGUACGACGGAAGCGUACUGGCCAGCUUCGGGCACAUUAUUGCUGUCACAGUCAACUAUCGUCUGGGGAUAUUGGGUUUCCUGAAAAGGGAUCAGAGCGAGCGCAGCGCCGCCCAGAGCGAUGUGGAGGCAGCUCUGCGGUGGAUCAAGCACAACAUCGCUGCGUUCGGGGGGGACCCGGCGCGGACCACUCUCAUGGGGCAGGGGACGGGGGCCGCAAUUGCCAAUCUGCUUCUUCUCUCUGCAUCAGCCAGAGGCUUGUUUCGGAGAAUGGUGCUACUGUCAGGCUCUCUGCUGAGCCCCUGGGCGCUAGUCCAGCAACCCGACCAGCUGAGAGCGAGCAUCGCCCGUCAGCUGGCGUGUCCCGAGGAGGAGCAUCAGCUGGUGACCUGCUUGCAACAGCUGCCGGUCGACAUCCUGCUGCAGGUGGAGGUUUCACCUCCGCGCUUCAUGCCCGGUUACGGACCCUGGCUGAGUGCGGAUCCCACCUCAUUGCACGAGACGGCGUCGGGUCACUUCAUCACCACAGACCUGCUCAUCGGCACCACCACCACAGAGAGCUACGCGGACUUCAGUGCUCAUGACAUAGAGUUCGGGUUCGAAGAGGACCAGAGGAAUCGCAUACUCAGAACUUAUGUGAGAAACGCCUACAUCUACCACCUGAACGAGAUAUUCUCGACUGUGCGGAACGAGUACACGGACUGGGAGAAGCCGAUAGUGCACCCGAUCAACAUCCGCGACUCCACCCUGGAGGCACUGAGCGAUGGACACACUGUGGCGCCACUCCUAAGGCUGGCUUACCUGCACGCUCGGCGUGGCGCCACUACCUAUUUCCUGCACUUCGGUUAUCAAGCUAGCGAUGGCGAUUAUCUACAGAGACUCGGCAGCGUGCGAGGAGAUGACCUUCCCUACUUGAUGGGCCUGCCGCUGGUGGAGGGAAUGCCGUAUUUCCCGCGUAAUUACACGCGCCAGGAUAUUGCUGUCUCUGAAACGUUACUCAGCUACUUCACCAACUUCGUGAAGACAGGGGAUCCGAAUGAAGGACGUCGAGGAGCCGUAGACAAAACAAGGCACCGAGGAACUGCUUGGGAGCCAUACUCUCCAUCUUCCCAGCUCUACCUCAGUAUUGUUCAGAAGCCUCGCCUGAAAAACCAUUACCGGGGCCACAAGAUCGCUGUAUGGCUGAAUCUUAUCCCUCAACUACAUCAACCUGGCGAUGAUGACGUCAGUAUGAGACAUCAUCAUUUCCAUGAAAGAGAGAAUCACUACUAUGCCGGAGUGAUUCGAGAGGAGUCGUUCACGAAGAGGCCUUCGAAGAAGCUGACAACAACCACAACAACUGCCAUAACUACCACAGAAUGUGUUCUAUCAUCAAACAGCACCUGGGUGACUGACUCACCGGUCAUCAGCAAAGACAAGGAGACCAACAUUGUCGGCCCCACCUUCAGUCAAGCCGUCAUCCUGGGAGCGAUCGGCUGCGCUCUCCUUCUACUCAACCUGGUUCUGUUUCUGUCGGUUGUCUUCUACUACAGACACCGCAGCAAGCGGAAAAACACGUGCGAGCCUGAAGAAGCCGACAUUCCGCUUCCGAGCUACGGCAAAAGUGUUUCGCUGCCCGAUUUGUCUCUGACCAUGCCACCCGCUAAGAGACCACCGAAGCCACCUGUCAGGACAUCUAGCAAUCCACCUGGUGGCACCGUCAAAAAACGUGUUCAAAUCCAAGAGAUACCCGUCUGACAUCAGAUUUGAUCGUGAGUGAUCAAGUCGGACAGAAAACUUUCAAAAGUUGUAUGAAAUUUGGUUAUGUUCCUUAGAAACUUCGAGAACAUUACAAGAAUUAUUGCGAAUACAAUUGGGAAGACGUUUUUGAUCUGUUAUGGUGUACUCGUACUGCUAUGUUAAUUUGGUAGCCGGAUGAAAUGAGAUGAUGUUUCAGAUUUUUGAAAGCAUCGUGGAAAUCAUACAAUGUACAGCUAAAUGUUCUCCAAGCAAAGAGGGGUUUUAUUACGUUGUUCAAAUUACCAAAGUGUCUAAUUUGGUGAUAAGAUAGGAAGAGAUUUUGUUUUUGAAUUUUGAAAGGUUUUUAAAAGUUGUUCAGCACCUAUAAUAAUAAGCAGUAUGCUCCACAAAACGUUAUUCAUUUGAUUAUCUUGAAAAUCAAUAUUUUCGAAAUGGAUAACACAUAGGAUUGUGAUUGUAUUUCGAAAACUUUUCAUCGGUUUCUCAUGAAAUAAUACUAAGUUUUUCACAAUAAAUACAACAAAUUGAUUAGAAUACCAAUCAAGUGAAUUCACAAACAAAUAAUUUUACUUUUCCAGUAGAAGUUAUUUAGUGAAUCACUACCAUGAACGAGAUGUUCUUUGCUUGACUUUUAUGAUAAUGUUUUGGUAGUUUUCUACUUUUCACUGUGUUCCAUGAUUUCCACUGUGAGUCAAGAAUCAUACAGAAAGAUUAAUUUGUGCAAAAAUAUUUUCACAAUUGUUGAUGCUCUUUAAACUGAUGCAACAAGUAAUCUCCCGAUAUUAUUUGUGUUCAAUAUGUGAGUCACCUCAACAAAUUAUUAUUAGAAGCUCACACCGACAAAAUUCAAUAUGUAUUGUGAUGUUCAUAUCAUUAUUGUACCGUCUAAGGUGAAAUUGUGAAAGUGACAACUGAAUUGCAAAUUACUAGAUCGAAAUACACUACGACUGUUACAUAAAUCACAUGUUUAGGACAUGUAAAAAUCUUGUAGAAAAUAGAUAUUUUAGUGAUGUUAUGCAUGAGAUUUUUAUACGAGGCCUUCAUGUAAUUAUGGAAUAAAGUUCAUGUUAGCUUACUGUCGAA